AUGGUUUUUGAAGAAGUCCAGCAAGAGUUACUUAUAUAGUAAAAUAUUUUAUUUUUACAGUUUUCCAAAAGAUAUAUCUAAAAAAGCGAAGUGGCUUAAAGCACUUAAUUCAACUUCGGUAACCAAUUGGAAUAAAGUUCGUAGCGAACAUUUUAGUGCUAAUGUUUUUAUAUUUAACAACAAUCGAAAUAUCCUUAAAUCGACUGCAGUACCAACCAGUUAGGGAUCUUAAAAAAAAAAAAAAUAAAUUCAAUUAUUAUAAAAUAAAAAUUCAAUCAUUAUAUAAUUUUACUUUUUAGUAGUUAUAAACUCAUAGAAGAAGAAAGUUACACUGAUAAACAUGAAUUAUCGACAAGUUUUCCAACAUAUAUAACGCUAGGAGGAGGAAAAUCUAUACAAAUAAUAACUGAUCCUAUAGUUGACGAAGAAGUGGGGCUUAUUCGACCUCACAUCCAUCCAUUUCAUGAUAAUUUCAAAGACAUUUUGAAUCAAAUAACCACUGGUAUGUUGCUCAUAAGUCAUGUAUACAUUUAUUAUAUUUAUUACAAAAUGAUUAAACUUUCAACAUAUUACAGAUACUAAUAACUUUGAUGACAAUAUUGUGAAAAAAUUUACAAUUAAUGAAAAAGUCAGUAACAUAAUUAAUUAUAUGUAAACCUAGUAAUGUCACAGACUACAUUAAAUGUUUAAUGUAGUCUAUGGUAAUAUUAAUGCUAUGUUUUGGCAUACCUCAUAACUUCUAAUGAAAAUACUAAAACUUCAAGAACAAGAAGUUGAAAAAUUAAAACAGGAGACCAUGAAAAUUAAAAUGCUAAAUUUGUAGUUUCAGCAUGAAACUGGGGUAGAACGAGCAUUUGAUGAUGAUAAAACAAGAAAGCAGUAA